AAAAGAGUGAGUUACGUAAUUUACUCACCAUUCGACCAUAUCUUGAAAUUCCAUCGUCAUUAUUUUCGUAGUCAGAGGUCAAACUCGAUACUCAAUAGGAAUUUUUUAUUCCACCAGAACAAUGUCUUCGAAACAUCUUCAAACUGGAGAUGCAAAGCCUCCAUUUGACGUCGCCAAAAAAUUCCGUAUUUACAGCAUGGCAUUUUGCCCUUUUGCUCAGAGACCAAGACUUGUUGUAGCUGCUAAAGGUCUUGUGGACUUAGACAUUGUGAAUGUAAAAUUACGCACUGAACUUCCUGAAUGGUAUCCAGCCAUCAAUCCUUCUCGGACCGUCCCUGCAAUCGAAUUUCCUAAUGGUGAAACAAUUGGUGAAUCUCUUGUUAUUUCAGAUUUGAUUGAUGAAAUGUUUCCUGAGAAACAGCUUCACUCAAAAGAUCCUAUCGAAAGAGCCAAGCAAAAAUUACUUAUCGACAAGUAUGGUAAAACUUUCAUCCCUUCAUUCUACAAGUAUAUGAAACAAAAAACAGACGAAACAAAAGAGGAAUUUGUUAAGAAUUUAUCUAAUGCUGAGAAAUACCUAGUUGAUAACAAGUCAAAGUACUUUUCUGGUAACCAGGUGGGAAUGGCAGACUACAUGAUCUGGCCUUGGUUUGAACGAACUCCCGCGGUGUAUUCGUUGAGCGCUGACCAACAUCCAAAUCUUAGUAACUGGUUUAAUUUAAUGAAAAAUGAUUCUGCUGUGAAAGCAACACAACACUCUACAGAAAAACAUUCGAAGUUCUAUGAAGGAUAUUUAAGUGGCAAAGCUCAGUAUGAUUUUUGAGUUAAAAAUACAAUCGCAUGACGUAAUACUUAACAAUAUUAUUGACAUAGUCCAGUAUGACGCAGCUGAAAAAUUAGAAUAUUGUUUUUGGCAUUAAUCGUGAUUCCCUGAUUUUUCUCUUUACCUUGAUUGUGUAGUCAUAUAGUCGUAUGUGUGUUUCAAUUUUUAUACCCGAAAUAAAGGAAGAAAGUUUAAGUGUA